UACAAGAAGAAUGCAGACUGAAUCCGACUUUUACAGACAAAGCACCUUAGAACCCUCAGCAUUAUUAUUUAUGGACAAUGUAUUUAUAUUUACCUUAAAAUAAAAUAUCUUCCUCACCUGUAGAUUUGCAUAAAAUCGGCCAAGAAAAUCUGACAUCUCUAUGAACGACUUUUACUAUUUUUUUUUUUUACUAUUAUAUUUAUAAAUUUUUUUUUCUAGAUCUGUGUGUUUGUAAAUAUAUAAUUGGCACAUGCUUACCUAGAUGCACCAAGCUCCCUGUUGACCUUCCUGUCAAACUGCAUAGGAGCAACUUUGAUGGGUGCAAGAUAAGCCAAGCCAUUGUAGGAUGUUAAAAGGUGAUUCAGAAUUAUGGAUACAUCAAAUGUAAUGUGAAGUAUUCAGAGCUACUCGGCGGAACCUUCAUUUUCAUUGAGUAGAGCAAGCAGUGUCUUCAUUCUUGCACAGUACUGCCACCAGAUUCUUAAUUCUCGCACAGUAUCGCAACCUAAAAACUCUUAGCGGCUUUGCUCACGCAUUGCAGUAGCCUGAUUCUUCAUAUCUGCACAGUCCAGCAACGUAAGACCUCAUAACUACCCAGUGCAACAGCCUUAACCUUCAUUCCUCAGCACCCUGAGUCUUAAUUCUCACACAGUAUUUAUGCUUGAGCCUUCUUUUUCACACAUUACAACGACUCAAGCCUUUGUUUUCACAAAGUGCAACCAUGAAUCAUUCUCACACAAUGCAGCAACUUGACUGUUCAUUCUUGCACAGUACACCAACUUGAGUAAUUAUUCUUGCACAGUUACAGCAACCUGAGUAUUGAUUUUUACACAAUACAGACGUCUUAGUAUUCAUUACUGCACAGAGCAUCAAUCUGGGUACUCCGUUCUUUCACAGCGCAUCAACUAUUCAUUCUCUCAGAGCACAGCACCCUGAAUCAUCCUUUCAAUACAGAGCAACAACCUUAGUUUUCAUUCUCACUGGUUUCUGCAGCCUGGCUUGAUUAGCCUGACGAUGGUCACACUUCGCUGGAGUUGUUUUCGUCGCUCCCUCUGUCCAUCAUCCAUUUUUGCAGCCAUGAGCUCACAGGCUGCCCAGCUAUCCUACCACUACAAAUCUUUCUGUGGGGACUACGAGCAGGUGGAGACUGCUCUAGAACGGCUGGAGGCCAGUGGCUACUAUUGGAGCACCCUCUCUGGCACAGAUGCCAAAAAGCUUUUAUCUGACCAGCCUGUGGGAUCUUUCCUAAUCCGUGACUCCUCGGAUCAUCACCACCUUUUCACUCUCAGUCUUCGUACAUCUGCAGGAAUUACCAACCUACGUAUUAAGCUUGAUGGACCUUCUUUCUACCUGGAGACGGUGGCAGGAGCAGAGAGCCCACCUACAUUUCCUUGUGUGGUUAAGUUGGUUGAACAUUACAUGCGUCUUACAGCAGCAGGAGAAUCAGACGCCAACUUGUGCUACAUAGAGGGCAAGGAUCACCCGGCUCCUCUCAUGCUGACACAGCCAUUAAAUUGCAAAGUUGUGUCUCUACAGUACUUAUGCAAAAGGACAGUUGUAGCAAAUAUGCCUUCAGAAGCAUCUGGCUCCAGUGAAAAUAUGGAGGAACUUCCUGUUUCCAAAGUGCUUAGGAAUGCCUUCAGAAAUUGAAUAACAUCCUAAAUUUGGAAAAGACAUAAUAGUUCUUAAGACUUUUUUUUUCUUUUAGCAUUAAUUGAAUGAUGAUGUCAUUCUUAAAAAGAAAGCAGAAACAUAACACAAUGACAAGACAAGUUUGAGAUACACUGUUUUUCUUUGUGAACCUCAGAAACAUGAAACUGAAAACUCUUAACAAUGCACAUGGCUUUCAUAGGGGGGAUAAAAAGAUAAAAAAUCAGUACUUUAGUUUCUAAGCAUUAUACAUGAUGAUUGACUGGAUUUUACUGAGGCUGGCCAACUGUUCUUGGAGCGCGGUGGCUAGUGAAUGUUACUGGUCCUGAUUAAAAAAUAGAUAACUUAUUAACCAAAUGUCUUCUCCAUAACCAGUCCAUUGCACCUGAGCCUGUAUAUUACAGGUGCUUCAGUGAA